AUGGCUGUUGUGAAAAAGAAGAAGUACCAGCCAAAGUCUGUGCGGCAGCAGCAGCAGAUCUUACAGACGAGGAGCCAGUUGGCGAGGCACGAUUUCGAGGCUAGUAGGCUAAGGGCCGAGCAAGUUGGGGCAGUGGUCCAUGAUGAGAGCGACACAAUCUCGUUCAGGUCGUACAUUCUGAAGAAUUUCAUCAAUGGGUCCGCGUACAUGAACGCGUUGACCGUCAAUCCGGUGCCAUUGCAUCGUUUGAAAGAGGUCAGUGUCUACGGGAGCAACAAGGACGUCAAGUUGUCUAUUAUAUCGCUUGAGAAAAAACUGGAGCAAGAGAUUCUGUUGUUGGAUCAGUUACGUGGCGAGUUGGACAAGGAAAUUGAGUUGCCCGAUUUCGAGAGAACUUUGUUAGGUCAAAUCGGGCAUGUAGAUAUCAACUCUAUCGAAUCAAUAGAUAACGCAUUGGUGUUGUACCGCAGGAAAUUUGCGGUUAGAAUGCAAGACACACUACUCGUCAGGCAUGACGGCAAGUUUGAACACUUGAAAAGUGAUAAAAAGGAGGCACCAGAAGACUACUGGCAAAACUACCAUGAGUUUAAGAGGAAGGAAAAGGAGAGGCGAGAACUCGAGAAGAAACUUGCACUCGAACAAAAAUUAAGGGAAGAGCAAGAACAGAAGAGACUGUUUGAGGAAGCGGAGGCUAAGAGGAAACUCGAGGAGCAACAACGAGAUAGAAUCAAGCUCCAGCAAUUGCAACAACAAAACUCAGAGGAAAACAGGAUUAAGAUCAUGCAACAGCAGCAGCAGGAUUUUAUACGGCAACAGAAACAGGAAGAGAAUAAUCCGGCUCCGCUUCCGAGACCAUUGCCCUCCCAGAUCGCCCUCACUGGGUUCGACGCGGGCCAAAAUAUACCGCAGCUCAUGGGACCGGAAAACAAUCCAGUAACCGCUACCGUAUCAAAUAAUCCGAAUAUUUUAGGCGGUGCAGAUCAACCGAGCGUCCCGUUGGGCACACAGGAUGUGGACCAGAACGGGAAUGAACAACAGGACCUACUAGAUGAUAUGUUCGGUGAAUACAACAACGAGCCCUUCAACAACGGGUUCGAUGAUGAUUUCGGCGAUUUAGAUAAUGUUUUCUUUUGA